GACUCAGACGAAUGCCUGAACAACUCUCAUAAUUGUAGCAAAAAUGCCACCUGUACCAACACCGAAGGGUCCUUCAACUGUAGUUGCAAACCAGGGUACAUUGGAAAUGGCCACAACUGUUCAGGUUGGUUCUUGAAAUUCCUGUCUCGCUUUCCGUUAGUUUUGAGACUUUUGGUUCAGUACAAAAAGGGAUAAUGUUCAGUAAUGUACUAUUAUAAAUUGAAGUAAAUUAUAAGAAAAUGUUACUCGCUCUUUUUAUAAUAAUUUCAUUUAUUUAUUCAGUUAUUAUUGACUUACUUAUUCAAAUCUAACAUCUUAGUCGUCACGACUAUUGUGGAAACGUCAGAGCUCAUCUCUAAAUAUUUGCAUCAUCAUGUAAAAUACAUCCUCUGAUAACUCUUAAGGAGUAACUAUUAACCCCCCAUUUCUGUAUUACGAUGGGAGUAUAAGAUAAGACGAUUGACCGCGAUAAACACUAUCCAUUAAUGAUCGACUAAUUCUUUAACCCUUUAAACCCUAAGAUCUAAAUUAAUUCUCCUUUGUCGCCCCUAUUCAUUUACUAUAGAAGCAGUGAGAAGAAGUUGACAAACUAUCAAUCAAACACAUCUUGUGUGAUCAUGUCCUUAAUUCUCAUUACAAUUUUUUUUUUACAAAGCAUCGCUAUUACAAGGAUAAAUUUGAUGCUAAUCACUCUCAGGUGAGGGUUUAAAGGGUUAAAUGGUAAAAAAAAAAAGAUCAGGAACAGCCUUUUUCAAGUCUUAGGAAGUGGCUUAGUAGGUGGAAAAAUUCCGAAGUCAUUCUCAGUCACACAAAAAACCAGUUACACGUGUUCAAACAGCUCUUGCACAAUUUUACUUUGGAUAGAAAUAUUAUGGUUCACAAAACGACCAAUAUUCGAUCCCUACCAAGUCAGGUUGUGGAUUGAUAAAUGCAGAAGCUCUUCUUGGGGGAGACACCACAUCAGUUCAUAUUAACUAUAACCACAGAUCACGACAUUACUAACACGGGAGAAAAUUGUAUGUGUAGAAUUUGUACGACCAGCGCUGAAUCACGCCGGAUCAUUCGAAUUGCAGAUGCAUGCAUGUACAAGUGUAGCUCUGUCCCAAAACAAAAAGGAACAAUUAUACAAAGCUGGUAGUGCUCGAGGUGAUGCAUGGUUGAGACGCAUAUCAUUCAGCGAAUAGUUUACUAACUUUGGAAAAUGCCAGUGAUCUCUUAAAGACACUAUUAUCGCGAUGUCCAAUAGUUUGAACUACACUAAAAAAGAUUGGUAUUAAUCUACCUAUCAGUCCGUCAAACCCUUUAUUUCAUCGUUCCGUCCACGAUUAUCCCAUUAAAAAAUGUAUCCAGUUUUACCUCGCGUUUGAGUAAAGAGAACAAGAGAAAAGAAGAGAUAUACCUUAGCAGAACCGUGCUAUUACUCACGUUCACGUUCUCGUUCAUUUCGGAAUUGUCGAGUGGCUUUGCUGCUAUGCCUGUUUGCCAUGGAGUUAAUGGUCUUUUUUGUUUGUUUUGACUGGUUUUGUUUUUAAUGUUAUCUUUCGCUUUCAUUUUGUUCAUUAUCAUUCUAAUAUGCAUGCAUGCACGUUUUUUUGAAGAAAGAUUAGUCAUCCAUCCAGCCAUCCAUUCAUUCGUCGUCCAUUCACUAUACCACCUAUCUACCUUUCUACCUAAUCUACCUGCAGGACAUAUGAGUAAAAUGAGGCUGUGGCUAAGUAUACAGAUAUAAGGAUAGAUUCCCUGACUGUGAUAUUUCCUCAUCCAAAAUAACCUUUUUGUAUCAUCCAUGUGUUCCCAUUUUCAGAAUUUUCAAUAAACUCAACAAUAUUACAUGGAAAUCAGUCUUAUCUGCAACAUCUUCACAGUUUCCUUGCUCCUGAAGUUGGGGAGGAUUCUUCUUGGCUUCUUUGCUACCGUGCAACCUUACAUGGUUCGGAAGCCAACAUCUUCCAUGCUAGAUGCGACGGUGAAAAGAAUACUGUGACCAUCGUACAGAAAAGCCAAUAUGUCUUUGGAGGAUACACUGACAUUCCCUGGCGUAAGAUUUGA